AAUAAUUACAUAUAAAGAGAGUUAUUACGACACAUUCGACGACAGUAGUACACUCUGGUGUACUUGUAAAUAAAGUAUAAAAUUUAACACAUAUAUUUAAAAAUCGAAAUGAAAUUUUUUUUAAAUAAUAAAUUGAAAUAUUAGGUUUGUGUGUGUGUUUCAAAAUAUUUUUAAAACAAAAGUAUGUAUUCAAAUAAAUAAUUAGUUGUUGGAGAGGAUUGAGGAUAGAAUACUCACUACUCGGCAUAUUAUGAUGACAUACUCUAGUGAUGUAGUUUACUGUGUAUAUUUUACUAUACCAAGUAUAUAAUACCAAGGCAGUAUAUAGUAGUCAGUAACGGGUAUUGUUAGCAAUGAUGCACGGGCCAACUAAUCAAUCGUGAGAGUGGCCCGUUGCUGUAUCAUACUGAAAAAUUUUUUUUUGUGUAUAUUAUACAACAAAAAUAUUGAAAAAAAAAUUUUGACGUGGCUGUCAGCUACACUUUUGUCUGUCAAAUAAUAAUUGAUUGAAAUUAAAAAUUUGAUAAUGUGAUCGUGAGUGUUUUGCUUCUGUGUUGUUUCCACGACAUUCGGUUGAUGACAUACUGUCCUGGCGAGCUACUUCACUAAUGUGAACAGAAUAUUUCCGCGAUUUUAAUAGCAUAUGUUACCGCAGUCGGGUUGUUCACCACGCCGCGUUAUUUCCAAAUUUUUUUAAUUACUAUUUUUUUAUAUUUUUGUUUUGGAGGUCAAUGGAAAUUUGAUGUGCGGAUUGCUGUCGUGGCGAUUCGCAUUCUCACAAACUCAUGUUAAAUAAUUCAGGCUCAUUUAUCCUGGAUAAUUUGCUGUGUGCUUUGCCGACGCCAAUAGGUGGAGAUGGAAUCUUUCACUUUAAGUUAUUGGUGCCGAGCGUGGCUGCGGGUGCUAUUAUCGGAAAAGGAGGUGAGACCAUUGCUCAACUCCAAAAAGAUACUGGUGCACGAGUUAAAAUGUCCAAAUCCCAUGAUUUUUAUCCAGGUACAACUGAGCGAGUAUGUUUAAUAACGGGUACAGUCGAAGCGAUAAUGUCAGUGUUAGAUUUUAUAAUGGAUAAAAUUCGUGAAAAACCUGAAGUAAAUAAGCCACUUGGUGAUUAUGAUACAAAAACAACAGAACGUGAAAAACAAGUCAAAAUUUUAGUACCAAAUUCAACAGCGGGUAUGGUUAUUGGUAAAGCUGGUAAUUAUAUAAAACAAAUCAAAGAGGACACAGGUUCAUAUGUACAAAUAUCACAGAAGGCAAAAGAAGUAUCAUUACAAGAACGAUGUAUAACAAUUAUAGGUGAAAAAGAUUCAAAUAAACGUGCAUGUUUAUUAAUAUUAGCAAAAAUAGUAGAUGAUCCACAGAGUGGUACAUGUUUGAAUGUAUCAUAUGCGGAUAUGCCUGGACCUGUAGCAAAUUUUAAUCCAACUGGUUCACCAUAUGCGGGUGGUACAACAGCUGCGGGUAGUACAUUCGGCUCAAAUUCAACGUUAAGUGGUGUAACAAGUGCAAGUGGUCUUAUGUUAAAUGGUGCUGCCACUGGUGGUCUUAAUCUAAAUUUAAAUUUAAAUGCACCUAUACAAAAUGUGAAUCCAGCAUUAACUGCACAAUUACUUGAACAUGUAAAGGUAUCGUUACGAAAUGGUGGUUAUAGUGACGCAGCUAUUGCUGAAAUUAUUGCAGCAAUGGGUGUAUUAUCAAAAUAUGGUAUAUUAGGUAUGGGCUUAGGUUUGGGUGCUGGUACAGCAUUAGCCAUGCAACAGAUGCCUGCUGCAGCGUAUUUAGGUGUUGCCAUGGAACAAGCAGCUGCUGCAAAUUCAACUGGUGUUUUUGGCCCUAUUGGACAAGUUAGUCUUGUUGCACAAAUGAAUCAUUCCCUGGCGGCCGCAACUGGUACAACAUCACCUACAUCAAGAACAAAUUUAGAUCGAUAUGCAGAUAGUGCGGCAUUCGAUCCAUUUCGUGGAUCAUCUGCAGCCACAGCACCUAUAUCAUUAAACAAUAAUAGUUUUGGCUUGGGUACAUCAGCAACAGGACAAAUAGCUACAGCAGCUGCUGCCGUCCAACAAAUGAGUAAAUCACCAACACCGGCGGCUGAAAUUACUGGUGGUACUGGUCCUAAAGAUACAAAAAAUGUUGAAAUCCCUGAAAUUAUUGUUGGUGCUAUAUUAGGUCCUGGUGGACGAUCAUUAAUUGAAAUACAACAUUUAAGUGGUGCCAGUAUACAAAUAUCAAAGAAAGGUAUUUUUGCACCAGGUACCCGAAAUCGUAUUGUAACAAUAACAGGUACACCUGGACAAAUAAAUACGGCACAGUAUCUUAUUGAACAACGUAUUACUGAAGAAGAGGGUAAGCGUGCUCGACAGACAACAGCUAUAGGAAAUCUCAUGCAGUAAUUUACGGUAUGUCUACUACUUCUUCAUCAUAAAUCAAAAAUAUUACCAUCAAACAAAAUUCAUCAACAAAAUUUCAUCGAUCGUGAAACAUCGUACGCUAAUCAUUUAUUUUUGUUUUGCUUCAAAACAUAAAAACACCAUUAAAAAUCAUCAACACUCAAACCAUCUCAAAUCAAAAAUCCACCAUCAUAUUGUCAAA